GACCCUCAGCUCCCGGCCUUGAAAGAUUCCUGGACUGCCUUCAUCGUGACACGCUAAAUAAUCACGCGCUUCGAGGAUAAAGACUCAAGUUUAUAAACAAUUUGUCUGCAUUUCCGUGACUCACUGUACACACACAUGACGACCUGCUUCCUGCGCGCUUCAAUCAGGCUGGCAGGCGUUACCCUACCCGCUGGCAUCAUCGGCGAUACAUUUCUCAAUCAAGCACAUCAUAAAGUUGCGUUCCUUUCUUCUGCUUCGACGUCUCCCUCAACGAGUCUACGAAUUUGUGGCCAACGUCGUCGCCCCAGCAAGCCCGGCGGUUGGCCCUGAACACUGCAAGGAAAAUUGGAAAUUCCUCUCUAUAUGUAAACAAACGGCCUCCCCGCAUCCCCGUGAGCCGACGCAAUCGAGGCGGGACAUGAGGAGCAUUGUGUGUCCGUGUGUGCCAUGAAUGAUGAAGGAGAUGUAGUGAUGUGACCACGGAUAUGCUGGACAGAACAAUAGAAUCUUCAACGAAAAUACGUUUUCCAAACAAAGUGAAGUCCACUGACAAUUCAACACUCACAAAAAAAACUAUACAUUGAAAGAAAGAAGAUAUACAACGGCAGUGAAUGAACCUAUAUAUUGAAAAUAAAACUCAGUAACUAGAAAGUUGUGUGUCAAACUAAAUAUAAAUCACACCAAAUGGAGCUCAACAAGACUUAAACCUGAGACUCAUACUUGACCACGCAUAAUCACUGUCCACCUGCAGGCAGCAAGGGCGUCUACUCCCUCUGAACCUGCAGCGGGGAGGUGGAGGUGGUGGUGGGGGAGGCAGUGGUAAAAACGCAACACACACUGACCAGCCUCACCACAGCAAGGGUUCAGGUAUGUAGGCAUUCAGCGGCCUCCUGCAGCCCUCCACCGGCAGUCGAGAAUGGUGGAAGAUGAGGGAGUUAUCAGGAGAGCCGAGAGGACGAGGAGGACAGGACGGACGGGCGGCCACCUCCUCAGCCUCACCCACACCCUCCCCACGCCACCCUCAGCAGCCCCGCCCCGCUCCACCGUCGCCGCCUAGCCACACCAGACAUGGGUCCACGGUGGCAACAGUGGUGUUCUUCACGUUGUUCUGUGCAGGUCGGGGCCACAUCCGGGAGGGUCACCGCGGACCACCAUUGCUGGACGGGUCACAGCCCACCCUGCCCCCGCCCCCACCGCCCCAGCUGGACCCCGCACACUCUGGUGACGUCACGGCACUCGCUGACCGCCCGGCCAUCCUCAACUGCCGCGUCCACAACAUCAACAACAAAACGGUGUCGUGGAUCCGGCACCGGGACAUCCACCUGCUGACGGUGGGCCGCUACACCUACACGUCUGACCAGCGGUUCAGGGCGCUGCACGAGGACGACUCCGACGACUGGAUCCUCAAAAUAAACUAUGUGCAGACGCGAGACUCUGGGGUGUACGAGUGUCAGGUCUCCACGACGCCUCCAAUUUCCCACUUCAUACGCCUCACCGUCGUCAAGCCGCUCACGCACAUCCUCGGCGGCCCAGACAUGCACAUCAACACGGGCUCCACCAUCAACCUGACCUGCCUGGUGGAGUACAGCCCCGAGCCGCCUGACUUCAUCUACUGGAACCACAACAACAAGAUCAUCAGUUAUGACUCAAGCCGCGGCGGGGUCACAGUCAUCCUGGAGAAGGGGGACCUCACGACCAGCUCCCUGCUCAUCCAGAAGGCGCGGCCCUCAGACUCCGGCCGCUAUGACUGCAGCCCCUCCAACGCCGCCUCCGCUAACGUGACUGUACAUGUGUUAAACGGCGAGCACCCGGCGGCGAUGCAACACGGGGGUCAGAGCGCCUACACAAACUCCUCACUCGGCCACAUCCUCUCCCUGCUCGUCCUCCUGAUGGGCCUCCACGCCGUCAUCCUUAACUAACGACGCCGCGCUACCAAGAUGGAGCGUGACGGCAGUAGCACCCAGACCCCGAUAAUUACGAUAACAACAGAAACAACUAACGGAAGCAGACUAGCAACAACAGGAGAAGGGACGGCAGUAGCGCCAAGAUUACGAUAAUUAUGAUAACAGUAACAACAACUAACGGAGCCACGCUAUCAACAGGAGGGAGAGUGACAGCAGAAGUACAAGACCCCAAUGAUAACGAUAACAACAGCAAUCAGCAACAAGACGCCAUACACCAAUUUUCUCAAAGGCAACACGGUGACACUCAUGGAACACAAUUGCCAUAUGAUAUAUCACCACGCUCUCGCACACGCACACAAUAUGACUGGUGCGUGGGUGGGGAUGAAAGGUAGAGGUGUUGAAGCUAGCAGGACACGAAGCCACCAAUCCGCAUGUAGGUGACCCCCAACUAUGUGCUCAGAGGGUUUUUAUGGUGAAAGUCUUGACGCAUCGAGGCGGCAGAGCAAUCAAUAGUGGCAGCGGCAGCGGCAGCAGGAAGGAAAGGAAGGUAGGAAGGGGUUGGAAGGGGGUGGAAGGCAUUGAUGACCAUACCCGCACACCUAUACAAACAAACACACACACACACACACACACACACACACACACACACACACACCUAUACAUCCCUCUAACCACCCUCCUCCCCCAAAUCCACCCACACUCACACCCAUACCCACCACACAUGCGCAUAAAUCCCCCUCCAAUCCCCCACACACAAAGAACUUAUAACGAACAUUUCAAUCCCACAUUCAGGAAAACUUCAA